AGCACGAAGGAGAUGUUGUCGCUCGUGCUAAUGCUUGCGCGGCUCAACUCCAAGUGAUGCUUUCUCCAGCAACAACACCUACGGAGAACCCGGCGGCAUCUCCCGCAGAUGUGCUGAAACGAGCUCGUGCGCUCACCCAUGAGUUGAGCGCCGUGAUCGAAGCUACGGACGACCCAGCGCGCAUGGAAGAGUUACUGGACGCCAAUGACACGCUGACGGCUCUCAUCACCCGUUUGCCAACGAAUGCGAUUGCGCGUCCGACAUUGACCCUGCAAGGCCUUGGAUUGAAAUCGACCAAUGGCGAGCCGCUGCCGACAGCGAAUGGCGUUGCCCCGACAGCGGAUGAACCGCCGUCGACACCUCGGAUCGACAAAGGAAAGGCGCGCGCUGUUCCGGAGCCGGAAGAACCGGAGAAGGUUCUCAGCCCGACUAAGCUGCUUAUGGGUCAAGGCGACGAAGAUGUUGACAGCGAAGGUCCGUUGCAUGUGGAGGAAUCCGAGCCAGGUUCGCCGACGACCAGCCGAUCGAAGAGCUGGGUCGAGGAGGAGGGCGAGGUUUUCCGCAAAGGAACUAUUUUGCUUGGACCGGAGGAGAUGGACGGGGAAUACGCCGGGGAGGAUCUCAAGAAGGAGCUCUUGGAAGCUAUGGUCGAGCGACCUCCCCCACGACCGUUGACAGAUGAAUACGGGAUGGAGAUUGCAGCCCCGGAGAGCCCUCCUCCCCCGGAGCCGGUCUCGCCUGUCGUCGAGAAAUCGGUCCCGCGACCUUACGUCACUCGGCGGUCGUCGAGUGCCUCGCUGAUGAGCCUGAUAUCGCCGACAUCAUCGUCGUUUGCACCAUUGCCAGGUGCCGGCCAGAUCCCAGAGCAGCCAGGGAGCCCUGUCGUGCCCGGCUCGCCGCGCCCGUAUCUUUCUCGAAGGACAUCUUCGUCUGCGCUUGACAGCCGAUGAGCGCAGGGACGGAUUUCUAUUACUACUCACCGGAAUUAUAGUUUCUUCGUCGUCGUGCAUUAUACGUACAUAGUUGUACCUACAUUACAUACCUUGAAUACACACCUACCCUCGCUGUUAUCUAUGCAUCUGUUUCAAAUUUGACGUUCCUUACUGUACAGGUAACCCGCGCUUGUUUCCUGCCCCCAUCAUCGAUAAUGGCCCCACGCAAAAACACCGCUUCGUCCGGCGACGAGGCGCCGCGGCGCUCCGGGCGGUCGUCGACGGUGAAGGCGAGCACGGAGAGCCAGAGCGCUGCGGACGAGAAGGCUGCCAAGUCCGCGAGCCGCAAGCGGAAGGCGGGCGGAGAUGGGGACGAUAAGCCUGCAAAGAAUACGAAAAAGGCCAAGGCAGUUGAGGAGAAAUCGGAGAUGGAGAAGGAGCCAAUGCAGGAGGGGGAUGAGAAGGAGAAACUCGAGGCUGAGGCUGAAGAGAAGGGCGCAGAGGACGAGCCGGCUGCCGCAGAAGCCGAAAAGCCUGCAGCAGAAGCUGAAGAGCCUGAAGCAGCAGCAGCAGCAGCUGACGAGAAGCCUGCAGCCCAGAAUGACAAGACCGAAAAGGAGCUCGCAGCAAUCGACAUCGGUGACUCGCUGCCGUCAAUCACGCUCAAGAACGAGAAAGACGAGGAUCUCGACGUGGCCACGCUCACAGCCGACCAGGGCCUCGUGCUAUUCCUCGUCCCAAAAGCUGAUACUCCGGGGUGCACGACACAGGCGUGCGGGUUUCGGGACGCAUACCCCGACUUCACGGGUCUGAACUAUGGCGUGUACUGCCUGAGCGCGGACAAGCCCGCCGCCCAGAGCAAAUGGCAGACGAAGGUCCGUCCGUCUCUGGGAAUGCCUUGGGGCGGGCCUCUGCUUGAUUCUGACGGCCGCGCACUUUCGUCAACAGAAAGAGCUCCCGUAUCCGCUGCUCUCCGACCCGAAGCGCGUGCUCAUAACGGCGCUUGGCGCCGGCGACGGCGGGAAGACCAAGCGGAGCCACUUCGUGUUCGGCAAGGGCGGGAAGCUGUUGGAGAAGAAGAUGCCGGUGAAGCCCGCGGACAGGUGCGCGAUUCGUUGGCCGCCUGCAUAUUACGAACCCACACACUGUGCCUGCAGCCCCAAGCUCGCGCUCGAGUUCAUCAAGUCCCAGAGCUCAUGAUGAUGCGAUGAUAUGCCUCUUGUUGUUUCGCUGCGUGUGUAAGUUAUGGAUGGCGAUUCUUGUGCUGCUGUUUCUUUUGUCCUUGUGCGUGGUUUCUUGUUGUGCUGUGUCUCCUCGAAUGUACCAUACUUUCCCUCAAUCAAUCGACUUUUUCUUGC